AUGACGCUACUCAGGCUCCGCUGUAAUGCAUUUCUGGCAUUUGUGCUGAGUGCAUCUAUAGCAGUUUUCGCAGUGGGGAUUCUAGGCUAUACGGUGCUUAUUCCCCAGUUUGUGGGCGCGAAUGUGAACCAGAAAAUGCGCCUGAUCCCCGAAAACGAGGCUCUCGAGAGAUGGGCGAACUACUCAGACCCCAUAUAUCUAUCGAUACAUCUGUUCAAUAUAACGAACAUCGAAGAGUUCAGGGAUGGGGGACCUCCCAGAGUUCAGGAGAUCGGACCUUAUGUCUACCUGGAGAAACGAACAAAACGGGUUGAUUACAUGGAUGAGAAUGUGAUUUCCUACUCCGAGUACAAGUCUUAUAGAUUCCUGCCGGAAUUUUCGUCUGGUGAUCCGAAAGAAGACAUUGUUCACGCGCUCAACGUUCCGCUGGUCUCCGUCGCUGACUUCAUUGAGAAAACCAUUCCUAACUUCCCGUGGUUGGAGCCAGUUUUCCAGAGUGUUCUCCAUGCACUAACGUACAAGCAUGACGAAGACAUCGUGGUACGUCGCACGGUGGACGAGAUGCUUUUCGCCGGAUACGAUACCCCGUUCGUUGUCGAGGCUGUGAGGCUGGCGAAGAAAGCGCUGCCUUCGCUAGAAUUUGACUCGCACGAUCGUUUCGGACUCCUGCUGAACAAGAAUGGAUCGAUCGCAGACCAGUACACUGUAGGCACGGGCGCUGGAGAUUUGCCCUUCACGAAAAUAAUCGAAUGGAAUGGUAAAACUGAACUGCCCUACUGGGGGAGCGAUCAUUGCAAUCAGAUCAAUGGCACCGACGGCUCCCAGUUUCCGCCGCUCACGGACAAAGGGAACAGGCUGCAAAUUUUCUCGGCCGAGCUAUGCCGCUCCAUCCACUUGGAGCAUGAAUCCGAUACAGAAGUCAAGGGCAUUGAAACGCAAAGAUACACAGUGCCGGCAGCCCUGUACUCGAGCGCCGAAGAGGUGGAAUCGAACGUUUGCUACUGCGAGUCUCCCGACAAAUGUGAUCUGAGCGGAAUAAUGAAUAUCAGCAAAUGCCGCAAGGGUUUGCCUUUGAUGAUGUCGGCUCCUCACUUCUACAUGGGUGAACCGAAACUAUCCCAAGAUAUCAUAGGCCUGAAACCCACGAAAGAAAAACAUGAGACUUUCCUCGACAUCUCUUCGAUGACCGGACUCGUGUUGCGAGCUGCGAAGCGAUUGCAAAUCAACAUUGAAGUCAAGCCCAGUCUAUACGUGCCGACUCUGGAAAAUGUCACAACAAGAAUAAUUCCAGUAGCGUGGAUCGAGGAGCGUAUGGAGGCCACGGUUUCGUUCACGGGCUUACUGAAAGAGAAAUUGGUUCGUCCACGGAAUUUCGCCAUCGCUGUGUGCUCUCUCGCUGUUUUGAUUGGCGGUCUCUCCACAGUGAUUGUGAUUGUCGUCUCCUGCAUCAGAGACGCUAAAUACUUCAAAUCUUUUGAUCUCAAAGCCAUCAGCGCCGAUGACGUUCGGGGAGCUCCCGAGAAAACGAGAGAAAAUCUCGAAGAGGCGACCCUCUCCCUCAAAAACGGCUCUGAAACAAUAGUUGUCACGACGAGAAACGGGACUUGACGGAGAUACGGGUCAAAUCACA